UACGUUCUAUAGCAGGUGAUGAUAUGGACGGUCCGAUAACGGCAGAGAUCUAACUGCGCCUCGCUUUUGUGUUUGAGAUGUCCGUCAGGCCGUCUGCGGUUUCUUCUUUCGACGCGACGAGGAAGCGCAGAUGAGAAUGUCAAGACUGGAUACGUACGUGCUCACGCACCCGGAGUCGCUGUCACAGGACCAGCUUCGUGAGAUCCUGAGGAACAGUUGCAUUGAGAGCCACAAAUUCGAGAAACUAUGUAGAAGUGAGCUGUUAGAAAUGUAUAAGCAAAUUGCAUUGCCCUUGCCUCAGCGUCAGCGUGGAAAUAGCAGAAGUUCGAGUAUAGUAGAUGUAAUAUCACAAAAGUCUGCCACUGUAAGUGAUAACAGUACAUCCAACUUAACAGACUUGAACAGAGGAAACAAGAGGACAAUGUCUUUUUCUCACACAGAUAAAUUAAAAUCUUCCUUUAACGAUCAGAAACCAGUAAACAAGAAGACUCGAUUGUGCUCUGUGUCAAAAGUAGAAGUUGAAUGCAAUGGAAUUUACAAACGCAGCUGCGAGGAACAGAGAGAGGAAUUGUCAAUGAAAAAACGCCAGAAGAUUACAUGGCCAUAAACAGUAUGAGAAAAAUAUGUUCCGUUUUAUAAAAAUUUGUUAUUAGGAAUUUAAUUUUAGCACACUGCUGAUACAACAAUUUCUGUAUCAUUCGGCUGAGCUUGCAAUGUUUGGCUAGUGUAUGAGAGAAACUGUAUGCAAAGAUUGCUUGUAUAUAAAAUAUUUGUGUAAAUUUACUAUGUUGAAUCAUGCUUUAAACAGAUUGACAAAGAAACAUUAACAUCACUGAUAACUCUAUCAAGUUUCUCAAUUAUUUAAUGUUCGAACAAUAUGAAAUAAUGAAAGGACGAUUCUGUAUAUGAUCUAUUUUAUAUAUUUUUUUAUAUAAUUCGCAUCGAGAAAUAAAAAUUAUUAGAUACUAUGUUACUAUUAGAUUUGGCACCUGGCGAUGUACAGUGUUUCAAAAUUCGUAAACUAGUAUGAUAAGAAAGUUCUCGGAAAAUUAAACAAAAAAUUUACAUGUAAAUUUUUAUUUCAAGCAGUAGUUUUUGAAAUACAAAUGUUUUAAGACUGGUCAAUCACAGAUGUUUAAUUUUAUCUCAUAGUUAUUAAUACCACACACGUGAUUUAUAAAUAGGUGACUAAACUACCUAAAUAUCUAUUUAAAAGGGCAAUUAGCUAGUUUUAAACUCUUAUAUUUCAAACUGUAUAUAGUAUUGUAUUUCAAAUAUAUUAUAAAUAUAUACAUAGUUUGAAAUAAAAAUUUACUGCUAACUUUUUAUUUAACUUUUAUAGAAUUUUAUUAUUAUAGUAUUUUAAUUCGCGAAUUUUGGAACACUCUGUAAACAAAAAAUCUUACAUAUAUCAUGUAUAAUGUAUGUAUUGUUAUAUUGAUUUGUGAUCUUUUUAACUUAAUUGAACCGAUAAAUUGUAUAUACAUGACAUUUUGAGUUAAACAUUGAACAGUAUUCUGAGAUAAACAAAUCGUGCGUCGAUUAAGAUGAUUUUAUUUUCUGGCGUCGUAGAGAUAGAAACAAUAUUAGAUAACAAUGAGUUUAUUUAAAACGAUUAUCUCUUUGUAAUACAUCAUACGUAUUGCUCGCUUGUGUUACUCACGUCAUAUGCAGCGCUCAUAUUAUCACGAAAUAAAACUAUCGAGUUUGUGAAUUCAAGAUACAUAUUAGGUUUGUUUUUUAUAACUGCAUUACUCUACUUUCUUACAGUAAGACAAAUAUUUAAACGAAAAUUAAAUUUGGGAAGAAAAAAGAAAACGUUCAGUUUAUAAAGAGCGGACUUUGUCUUGCACGAGAUCUAUGCGAUGUAUACGACGUUUUAAUGUGUUUAUCGAUAAGAUACAGAUUACCCAUUUAUAUUUAAGUAAAUAAUCUUAAUUGUUUUAAUAAUUGAAUGAAUAAAAAUGUCAUGUGAA